AUGGCGGAAAUGAGAGCUCAACUGACGGAGCAGAUGAAUGCGCAGAUGGCACAGUUUAUGGAAGCAUUGACUAAUGUGACCAAGGGGCAGGAUGACUUGCGGGUUCUCGUCGAGAACUCCAGAAGGGUUGAGAAUGGAGAACAUCAAGGGCCGUUUGACGAUGUGUCUGGCAGGAUUGACGAUCACCAUGAUCCGAAUGAGUUUGAUCACGUGGGAGGGCACUAUAAUCCUUUCAAUCAGCAUCACGGGUUUCCACCUCCACCACCAUCUCGUCUGCUAGGAAGGAGAGAUAAUCAGAACCGUGGUAAUUUGGAUUUCAAUGUUGAGAACUUUGAUCAGGUAUCAAGGCAUAGUGCUGAGGGUGUGCAUGAUGAAGUUGAAAGGUAUCGUCUGAUUGAGGAACGUCUCAGGGCUGUUGAAGGCAAAGGGGUGUUAGGCAUGAAUAUCAAUGACCUGGGGUUGGUUCCUGGUGUGAGGAUUCCACCAAAAUUCAAAGUUCCAUCUUUUGACAAAUACAAUGGGGCGACUUGUCCCAUGACUCAUGUUAAGGCGUACUAUCGCAAGAUGUCAGUUUAUUCAGAAGAUGAGGGUUUUUUAAUGCACUUCUUCCAAGAUAGUCUUGUUGGGGCUUCUUUGGAGUGGUAUGUCCAACUCGAGCGCACUCAUAUCCAUUCUUGGAGAGAUCUUGUGGAGGCUUUUAUUAAGCACUAUCAGUACAAUGUUGAUAUAGCACCCAACAAGACCCAGUUGCAGAGUUUGGUUCAGGGGUCUAAAGAAUCUUUCAAAGAGUACGCUCAGAAAUGGCGCGAGUUAGCUGCGAGGGUUCAGCCACCGAUGACUGAACAUGAGAUGAUUGACAUGUUCACCAGUAACUUGUCUGGACACUAUUAUUUGGCUUGCAGUGCUUCAGCUAACUUUUCUGAAAUGUUAGGAGCCUCUUCUAAUUCUGCUGGUGGUAAGAAGCAAGCUGAGGGUUAUGCCAGAAGGGAGGAAGGAAAUGCGGAUGCAAUAUAUGGAAGAAGGGGUUCAGGAAGAAAUAAUUCACAGGUUAAUGCUGUCAUGAUCCCAAUGCCGCAGCAACAACAACAACAUCAGCAUGGAAAGCGUUCCAAUAAUGAUCGUUAUCCUCCCAGGACUAGGCCUCACAGAAAGAUUGAUCUGAUUCCUAUGACCUAUGCUCAAGUGCUGCAACAUUUGCUCAAGAUUGAGAAGAUUACUUUCAGAGAUGCUCCGAAUGCUCCGGACACACAAUCUCCAAAUUACAAUGCGAAUGCACGAUGUGCUUUUCAUUCCGGUGCUGCUGGACAUGAUACAGAGAGGUGUAUUGCGUUGAAGAAUAAAGUCCAGGACUUGUUGGAUCAAAAGAUAAUUCAGUUCACUCCUACACCCAAUAUUGUCAAUAAUCCGAUGCCUACUCACGGAGGUUCGGGUGUGAAUGCCAUUGAGAGUGAAGAGAUAAAUGUUGUAUCUGAUGUGGGCUGUUUGACUUUUCCUCUUGUGUCUGUGAAACAACAUCUGGUUAAUAAUGGCAUCUUCCCGGGCUGUGGUAUCGAUUGUAAGAAUUGCAAGAGUCAACCUGAGGGUUGUGCUGAUUUGAAAGGUAUGGUGCAAAAAUUGAUUGAUGAGGGUCCUCUUCAAUUUUAUCGAAGGUUAAGAGGCGCGAAGAGUGAGGAUGAUGAAGUGGCUGUGAUCUCAAUUCCUUAUGAACCAGUUGCUCCAAUAUGUAUCCAAGUGCCUAUUCAGAUACGUGUCAGUAUCCCGUAUGAGGAACAACCAACGGCGUUGAUGAUUACUGUGCCAGGGCCUAUUCCAUAUGAGAGUGAGAAGGCCAUCCCUUGGCAUUAUGGUUCAGACGUAUAUUACUAUGGCACGAAGGAGGAAGGCGAGCCAUCUAAAGAGAAGUUUGUUGAGGCCUCAGUUGCAAACACUGAUAACUUCGCCGGUACUGGUAGGAUCACUCGCAGUGGUAGGGUGUUCUCCCCUAAGCUUGUUCAAAACAAUGCAGAUGCUUUGGCUAAGGCCAAAGGAAAACAAGUAGUGACCGAUGUCCAGAAUUCUCCGACCCAAAAUAAGGCACCUAAUAAAGGAGUAUCUUCCAAGGAUGUAGAAGAAUUAUUGAGAAUCAUCAGGAAGUCUGAUUACAAGGUUGUUGAGCAGUUGGAGAUCGAAGGUGAGAUACAUGAGACGCCGUUUCAAGCAUUCGAGGCCGUAAAUGCUGUGAGAAUUCCUCCUUAUGAGAUAACGAAGCCAGAAAUGAUUAUGUCCUCUUUGAAAGAUGCUCAGGUUGUCGUUGAGACCGGAAGAGUGGAAGGUUUGUAUAUCCAUUUUAGUGCAAGAUUUGGCUCAUUGUUGCAGCAAAUUUGGAGUUUUGUCUUUGGCUUUGAAGGUGCAGAGAUGGAUGUGAAGGAAAUUAUUCUGGAUGUGGUUGAGGUUUGUAUAUCCAUUUUAGUGCGAGAUUUGGCUCAUUGUUGCAGCAAAUUUGGAGUUUUGUCUUUGGCUUUGAAGGUGCAGAGGUAUAAUGUUGCAGAAUUUUGGACAAUAGUGUUUGGCAUGGAGAGUGGAGCAGAGUGCAGGUUAUGCAGCAAACAUGAUGUUGAGAUGUAA